AUGUUUCGCGACCGCGGAUUUGCAUUUGACUUCCGACAAGCUUCUUCUUUGACCAUGUUACGUUCCUCAUUCGGCCUGAGCAGAGUGCGGGCUCCAACCCUGCGCUCUUUAGGCUCUUCUGGCAUUAUCCGCCAAAGCCUGAAAAAUGCCAGAACGGCAUCAACCGUGACCAGCCUGGAAAACUUUCCAGCUAUCGGCGAGAAGCUUCACGGUUUCACCGUCCGCGAAAAGAAGCACGUCCCUGAGCUGCACCUGACAGCAGUGCAGCUGACCCAUGACAAAACAAAUGCGGACUACCUUCAUAUCGCACGCGACGACAAAAACAAUGUCUUUGGUAUUGGUUUCAAGACCAAUCCUCCAGACGCCACAGGUGUCCCUCAUAUUCUGGAGCACACGACACUUUGCGGCAGUGAAAAAUACCCUAUCCGCGAUCCCUUCUUCAAGAUGCUCCCCCGUUCUCUUUCCAACUUCAUGAAUGCCUUCACUUCUUCCGACCACACCACUUAUCCCUUCGCAACCACGAACCAGCAAGAUUUUCAGAACCUUCUAUCCGUCUAUCUUGAUGCCACCUUGCGACCGCUUCUCAAAGAGGAAGAUUUCCGCCAGGAAGGCUGGCGUCUAGGCCCGGAAGACCCGCAAACAUUACAGUCGAACCCUGAACAGAAGGCACAGUUGGAAGACAUCGUGUUCAAGGGAGUUGUGUACAACGAGAUGAAGGGCCAAAUGUCAGAUGCCAACUAUCUGUACUACAUUCGAUUCAAGGAAAGUAUUUUUCCUGCGAUCCACAACUCUGGCGGAGAUCCCGAGUACAUCACGGAUCUUACCCACAAGCAGCUUUUCGACUUUUCCAAGCGCAACUACCACCCAAGCAACUCAAAGAUCUUGACUUAUGGUGAUAUGUCCCUAAGCCGUCACCUGGAACAAGUCGGGGCAGUGUUGGAUGGGUUUGAGAUGGGGCAAGCGGAUACCGAUGUCAAGCUGCCCAUGAAGCUCGAUGGACCGGUUAAUGUGACCGUGUCAGGGCCAAUUGAUACCUUUGCCAGCGAGGACAAGCAGUACAAGACAUCCACUUCGUGGUAUAUGGGCGACUCUACCGAUAUUGUGGAAACCUUCUCCAUUGGCAUCAUCUCAUCCCUUUUGCUUGACGGAUACGGUUCUCCCAUGUAUCGGGCUUUAAUUGAGAGCGGGCUUGGUUCUUCAUUCACUCCCAACACUGCUCUCGACUCAUCUGGCAAGGUUCCCAUUUUCUCAGUUGGUGUCAACGGAGUCAGCGAGGCUGAAGCUCCUACUGUGAAGCAGGCUAUUCAAAAUGCCUUCCAAGAAUCCGUCUCGACUGGAUUCAGCGAGGAGAAGGUACGGGGUUUCCUGCACCAGCUCGAGCUCGCCUUGCGGCAUAAGACCGCCAACUUUGGCAUUGGAGUGAUGGAGAAGACAAUCUCUUCCUGGUUCAAUGGAUCUAAUCCUAUGAAGGAGCUCGCAUGGAACGAUGUCAUUCAGGAAUUCAAGAACAGGUAUGAGAAGCCAGGUUAUCUUGAAUCGCUGGUGGAGAAGUACCUUCUGAAUGACCGCUGCAUGACCUUCACCAUGGUCGGAAGCCCAACGUUCAACAAAGAACUUGAUGAUAAAGAAGCAGUGCGCAAGGCCCGGAAACUAGAAAAGCUCGUUGAAGAGCAUGGCUCGGUUGAGAAGGCGUUGACGAAGUUGACUCAAGAGGAGCUCCAGCUUCUUCAAGUGCAGCAGGAUGCGCACAACGCAGACUUGAGCUGUCUUCCUUCUCUUCAGGUCAAGGAUAUCUCAAGAGAAAAAGAGCGCAAGCCUCUGAGAGAGUCUACUGUCGACGGCGUUGACGUUGUCUGGCGCGAGGCCCCAACUAAUGGACUGACAUACUUCCAAGCCGUCAAUUCAUUCGACGGCCUGCCAGCAGAUCUUCGACUCCUGAUGCCACUUUUCAACGAUUGCAUCAUGCGUCUCGGUACCGCAAACAAGUCGAUGGAGCAGUGGGAAGAUCUCAUUAAGCUCAAGACCGGAGGUAUUUCGACUUCGAAUUUCCUUGUGUCCUCACCUACCCACCUGAACAAGUUCAAAGAAGGAUUGAACUUUUCUGGUUUUGCCUUGAACCGAAACACCCCUGAAAUGCUGGAAAUCCUAUCAACUCUGGUAAACGAGACCGACUUCACGAGCGCGGCUGCGCCUGCAAUGAUCCAAGAGCUUCUGCGCCUGACGACCAAUGGGGCCCUGGAUGCAGUUGCCGGAACCGGUCAUCGUUUUGCCGUGAAUGCUGCCGCUGCUGGUCUCUCCCCAAGCCUUUGGGUCCAGGAACAGCAGUCUGGCCUCGAGCAAUUGCAGGCGACCGCAAACCUUCUGCGUGAUGCGGAAUCUUCACCGGAGCGGCUCCAUGAGCUGAUUGAGAAGUUGCGCCUUAUCCAGUCUUUCGCAAUUUCCAAGUCCUCAAACCUCCGUGUGCGAAUGGUUUGCGAACCUGAAAGUGCUUCGCGCAAUGAGUCUGUUCUGCAGAAGUGGAUGGCUGGUCUUCCACAAGUUCGUUCGCCGCAAUCAACACUCUCCACUUCGGCAUUCAAGCCUUUCGAAAAGGCUUUCUACGACCUCCCAUACAAGGUUUCCUAUUCGGGCCAAGCCACCCAAACCGUCCCAUUCGCUGACCCUGCUAGUGCCCCUCUCACAGUGCUGUCGCAGCUCUUGACCCACGGUUACCUUCACCCUGAAAUUCGAGAGAAGGGUGGUGCGUACGGAGCUGGUGCAAGCAACGGGCCUCUCAAGGGCAUCUUCACUUUCAUGAGUUACCGUGACCCCAACCCUCUAAACUCGCUGAAGGUCUUCGAGAAUAGCGGCGUCUUUGCUCGCGACCGCGCUUGGUCUGAACGGGAAAUUGACGAGGCCAAGCUCGGCAUCUUCCAAGGCCUUGACGCACCUGUCAGCGUGGACGGAGAGGGCUCUCGAUACUUCCUGAGUGGUGUGACGCAUGAGAUGGACCAGCGUUGGAGAGAGCAGGUCCUUGAUGUGACCGCCAAGGAUGUCAACGAAGUUGCCGACCGAUUCUUGGUGCGGGGCUCUCAGAAGACUACCUGUGUCCUCGGCGAGAAGAAGGACUGGGCUGGCCCUGAAUGGGAGGUCCGCAAGCUCUCUAUGGGCCAGCAGGAGAAUUCAGCUUCUGCGUAA